GAGCUUCGGGCAGCCAAGAUGACCUACUGGUUAGGUAACAGAAAGACAGCUGGUGAGACCAAAGACCGCACACGGGAAAUGUCUCUGAUUGACGAGUUUUUUAUGGUCCUCGUGCGGUUAAGGACAGGGAUGGCAGGCAAGGAACUGGCCCGCAACUUCAACAUUUCUGAAGGGCAGGUAAGCAAGGUGUUUGUUACGUGGAUCAAGUUUCUCCAGCGACAGUUAAGGGUACUGUUACAGUUUCCGACAGUUGCUGAGAUUCAGCCCAACCUCCCUAAUGCCUUCCACAAGUUUUCUAACACGAGGGCUGUCCUUGAUGGAACUGAGGUACGUAUCCAGAAGCCGUCGUCGUUGCUUGCUCAGAGGCAGACCUUCUCGCCCUACAAACACUACAACACCUACAAAGCGGUUGUUGGAUGUACACCCGAAGGGUACAUUUGCCAUGUUUCACAACUGUGGGGUGGGACUGUGUCAGACAGAAUGAUAGUUGAGGAGAGUGGGCUCGUGGAUCAGUUGGAGUCGGGCGAUGCCAUCAUGGUAGACAAGGGAUUCAAAUUUAAUAGCCUACCACCUGGAGUGCAAGUGCACAUUCCGUGUUUCAGGCAGCCGAACGAACCUCAGAUGCCGGAGGAAGAUGUGGCACACACCCGGCGGGUGGCCAGUGCACGUGUAGUUAUUGAACGCGCAAUCGGAAGGAUUAAGCAAUUUCACUUCCUUGAUCGACCCUUCCCCAUCUCCAUGAUAGAUAUUGCAGAUGAGGCGUUUCAGGUUUGUUGCUUUUUAAGCAACUUUCGUAUGCCACUCAGCCGUGCUGAGUAGCAGCAGGACAUAUGUGUCGGCUUCAGUGGCAACCUUCAGCUUGAUAAACAUUUUAGAAUAACUUCCUUUUUGUGGUUGAACUCCAGGGUUUUGUUUUUAAAUGCAGCACGUCGGAGAUGGUUUUGAGGUACUCUAAAUGGACCACAGGGUUCCGGAAAAGUUCUCACUUUAGAGCCAUCAGUGAGCAGCGAGAACUCAUCCGCUCGCGACCACGUGCUGGCGGGCGCCGCGCAAACAAUAUGGUAAAAGUAGGAAAGUCUCAUCCGGGUCCGGCCACACCCGUCCGGCCCUG